GCUGUAGAGAGAGAAUCAUGAGGUUCUGGGGUGGUUCUCUCCUCCUGGGUCUGCUGAUCGUCCUCAACCUUCAGUCCUGUGUGGAGGGAAGCUAUGGGGCUAAAGGAUUAGGAACAUGCUGUUUCAGUCUCUAUCCGAAACGAAUCCCUGCAAGAAAUAUUGUGAAUUAUGAAGAAACGGACUUUGGCUGCCCAAAACCUGCACUGAUUUUUAUCUUACGGAAGGGUAACCGUGUGUGUGUAAACCCAAGUCUGAACUGGGUGCAGCGAGUCAGGGGGAAGAUCGAUUGGAAACCUGUGGAAAGUUCCAACUGAUCCGACUGAAUAAAUCAUCUCUACAUCAAUAACAAAUCAUCUACUUCUUCUGUUUCCUGCUGAUUAAUACUGAUUAUUACUGUUUAUUACUGAUUAUCACUGAUUAUUAAUGACUUUUACUGUUGAUUACUGAUCAUUUCUGUCUCUUACUGCAGCAGCACUUUUCUCUCGUUUUAUUUGAUUUGUUUUCAAUUUACACAACUGUUUUUCUCCAUUUAUGUUUUAUUAAUUAAUAUUCUGAAAUUAGUUUAGAUAUAACUGCAUAUAAUUCAGUUAUGUAUGGAACGAGACCCCAGGCUGUGUAGAAUCAGUUCUAGAGUAAAAAUGAGAAGUAUGAUAAUCAGAAAAUGAACUGCAGAAAUAUAAUUCAUGUCCCACAAGAACCCCCGUAUUUACUUAUAUGUAUAUUGUUUCCAAAUUUCAUGAUGAAUAAAAAUGCUCCAGAAAUGAGAAA